CAGGGGGCAGGGGGAGGAGGAAUCAUGGCAGGGCAGGCAGGAAAUGCCGGCGGCUACGGGGGAGGGAGCAUGGCAGGAGCGAGCGCGAGUCGGCAGAUGGAUCCGUUUCCAUCCUUGCAGCCCUUCAGAGGAUACGCCAACCCUGCUCAGCUGCCUCCUGGCCAAGGGCUCCCUCACCCCAUGAGCUUCAUGCGCCCACCCUUCAGCUCCAUCCACGGUUCUGGCUCCCAUGGCGGCGGCCUGUCGGCAUCGGACGGAUCGUUCUCCUCACAGUUCAGGGCACACUCCCUCGACAACCGCGGCAUCCUCUCCGUCGGGUCUGACCGGAACCUACCGGGCAACGACAAGGGGAGGGCCCCAGUGUCUCUUCCUCUUCCUACUGGAGUGCCUUCGGCCGACGGUGGGCCCAACGGGCUCGGGCCUCAGCAGGCCCCUGGGUACGUCGCCAACAUCCACUUGCUGUGCGACCUGCUCGGGGGGCCGCUGGGGAGCACCGGGGCGACCUGAGGAGGGAGAGAGAUGUGAAUACGAUUGUUUAUUGAUAUGAUGCUUGUGAAUGAUUAAUUUAAUGACAUGCCGCUUACUCUUUC